AUGCUAGCUAGCGCCAGCUUGAAACAACUAGUAUGCUUUGACACGAUUAUACCUCCAGAAUCAAAGAUAUGGCUUCUGGGCUUCUCAGACCUCUCGCUGUUUCCUACGGACAAUCCCAAUCUCAUAAAAACCGUCAAGAACCUGGGCAACGCAUGGCGCACCCUUGCCGAGGAGCCAUCUACAGAGUCCGACAAGGAGUUCACUAUUAUCAAAACCACAUUUGAUCUCACAUUCAAAAUACCAACGCCUGGAGAUGCGACCUUGGUUGAGACAACGACCAAUGAGCCCUCGUUUUCUUGCUACUCUAAGAAUUCAACCUCAGGGGAGAAACUACCAGAUGAAGCCCCGCCACCAAGCGAUCCCCAAAAUAAAAUACUAGUCGAGAGGACGACACAUGAGGGAUCCAUAUCUGGCGAGCCCGAAGACUCGACGUCGAUUGAGGCAACAAUCAAUGAUGCACUUACAUCUGACGAAACCGAGAAUACGACUUCGGGAUAUGAAGCUCUACUAUCAAGCGACUCCUAUGUCUUGAAGUCGGCUGAGAUAACCACAAGUGAGACGUUGCUAUCUGGCGACCGCGAAGAUCUGGCGUUAACUGCGGUGACGACAAAUGAGGUACCUGCUUGA